AUGAUUUCAAUCAAAAACUUAAUAAUCUCCACAACACCUAAACUAAUAUUUGCCUUGUUGACUCAUUUUUUUCUAUCCUCUAGCUACUGUUCGAAUCCAUCAGAUUGUAAAAAGGCCAAAUAUAUGACAUUUGACUUUACUAAUCUGUGUGGAUUGGGUUGUAGUAUGCAUCAACUCAUGUACUGCUUACAAUUGGCUCUUGAAAAUGAGCGUGUUCUAGUAUUGAAGAAACAUUAUCCUGGAGAUAUAUUUCGAGAAUGGCUUCAUCAGAACAUGUUACCACUUUCUGAAAAAUGCAGUUAUUUGGACUCAGAUGGUAGAUCAGAUAACAUCAAUUGUCCUUGGAUUGUAAAGGCUCCCCAAGUACAUAACUGGUUGCCACAUGUUCUCCCGAUAGAUAUGAAUAAAGAAUUAUUACGUUUACACGAGGCACCCUUUGUUUGGUUUGCUGGUCAACUAGCAGCCUACAUUUUGCGUCCAAAGACACAAUUUGCACAAUUAAUCAAUGUAACUUUGAAGGGCUUUAAAACGAGUGGUGAUCCUGUUGCUGGCGUGCAUAUCAGGCGUACCGAUAAGUUAAUUUGGGAAGCUCAGUUUCAUAACUUAUCCCAGUACAUGGAACACGUGGAUAAUUUCUUUGAUUUACAUAGUGAUCAUCUCUUGACAAUGUCGAAGAGACAUGACAUGAAUGUGGAGAGAUUUGGAUCAGUUUCUGAAAGAAUCAUUGGAAGAAACAAUUCUGUUCAAGCUAAGCGAAGUGUUUACUUGUCGACAGAUGAUCCGAAUAUUUUUACUCAACUACCCUACAGUUAUCCAAACUACACCGUCUAUGGUAGUCAAGGUAGAUCGCAGUCAGCUAAUUUGAAUAUACGGAUGUCAGUUAAUUCAAUGAAUAAUGCAAUUAUUGACAUCAUUGCACUUUCAAUGACAGAUUUCCUUGUGUGUACAUUUUCAUCGAAUGUUUGUCGUUUAGCCUAUGAGUUAAUGCAAACACGUCAUAUGGAUUUGGGUGAUGCAACACAAUUAUUUCAUUCAAUCGAUAAGUUUUACCAUGAAGAAGAUUACCAAAGAAUGAAAUUUGAUGUGAUCAUUCCAGAUAUGAAGGUAAAUUUGAAGUAUGGUGAUGUAGUGGAAAUUCGCCAAAUUAACUGGAACGGUUCAGUUUAUCCAAACUAUACUGUCUAUGGUAGUCGAGGUAGAUCACAGUCAGCUUAUUUGAAUAUACGGAUGUCAGUUAAUUCAAUGAAUAAUGCAAUUAUUGACAUCAUUGCACUUUCAAUGACAGAUUUCCUUGUGUGUACAUUUUCAUCGAAUAUACUGAGAAAUCAUGUGAUGGUUCGAGUCGGUGGUGGCUGGGAUACACUGAGUCAUUUCUUAUCAAAAUACGAUGAAUGUCGUAAAGUUAAUCCAUUAGGAUCAUGUAAAUUAAAUUCAAUGAAUCAGAAUCCCAAAUUGAAUGAAGAUAAAACUGAAAACAUGGUAGAAUGUAAAUUGAAUGUAGUAAAAAAACGUACAUCAUCUGUAACGAAGGAGAAACAAUCACAUAGAGAUAAUGAUCACCAGGAUGAUGACAACGAUACUUCGGAUGGGAAAGUACAAUUGAAUCAUAAAACUGAUUCAGAAUUUAUGAAAUCAAUGAAAAAUGUGAAUGAAAAUCAAAUUCUUGCAAAAAAAUCUUUAGAAGAAACAAAAUGUCUUACUAAAUCACAA